AUGUCCCCCUCCUCCCCUGCUGUGACCUCCAGCACCCCUCCCCGGCCCACUCUCAGCGAGGGCCUUGCUUCCUAUGUCACCAACACAGCAGCAGCCCACAGGGAGCGUCUGUGUCCCCCACCCAUGUGCGCCCUGCCUGUGACCAGGGCUCUGCCUCCUCCGGUACCUGCGGCUGGACUGCUGUUCACUCCGUUAAAACCCAGCCAGCCCCUCAGCUCUCCCCUGACCCCACAGCCACAUGUCCCACCAGCUCUCUGCACCCCCAGAGCAGAACUCCCCACACACAUGCUCACUUCCUGUCGUCUGGCUCACUUUCAAUUCUCUCAGAGCAGCCUUUUGCCCCCACAGCCCACUGACAGGCCCCAGCAAGGUCUCCAGAGUCCUCCACCACCUUCCCUGGCUGUGUCCCAUCGGCCGUCAGCAGCGUGGGACAAAGCCACGCUCACGGGCGCUCCUUGGACCCUGCUCCUCCCUCCCCGUCCCUCUGGGUGGCUUGUGGUCCAGCCCUGCUGCCCCAGCCGCUCCUCCUCUUCCCAGCGUUGCCGUGAAUGGCUGUGCCGCUUGUCCAUGACUGUCCCAGCACAGGCGCGGUCCUGCCUGCAGCCCACCCCCCACCUGGCCUCCACUCCUCCAGAGCACGAGGUGGUCCUCGGCCACAGGAUCCACCGAGAGGGCUGUGGGGAGGCUUCAGUAGGGGAAGACCUGCAGGCGCCUCCAGCCGUCUGCCCGGAAUCGGACCAGUAA